UAAUUUUUGGUGUCUACGACUUAUGCAGGCUGACUCCCCAAUUAUUGGCCUUUUAGAGGCAGGGGAAGGUCGCAUUGCAGUGUAUGGUGAUUCCAAUUGUUUGGAUAGUAGCCAUAUGGUUACCAAUUGUUAUUGGCUUCUAAGGAAAAUAUUAGAUUUCACCAGUUCAAACAUCAGAGAUUCAGUACUUUUUUCUGACUCCAGUGAGCAACAUACACCCUUGACUGAAGCUGACAACCAGUUACCAUCUCGUAGAACUGAUGUAAAUUUCUCUACAUAUUCUGCCGUCCUGGGGAAGGAUUUGAUUUGUAGGAGUGACUCGAGAUUUGAGGUUUGGGGAACAAAAGGAUACAAUUUACAGGUAAGGGGAUGGAAUAGAGUUUUGCCGGGCUAUCCUGUUAUGGAUUUGGGGAGUGGUUUGAAUUCCUUUAUGGACACUUCAAAAUCAAGGCGUCCGAAGUACACUGAGAUAAGUAAGGGUGAUUACUUGGGAAGCAAGUACUUGGGUAUGUUCUACAAAGACGAGCUUGAUAUGCCUGUGCUCGUUGCUAGUCAUUGGCUUGUACCCCUUGUAGUUGCAGUUACUGGCCUUUUGGUGUUUUUGAGCUUCUGGAGAAUCCGACAAAGACGACGGAGGAGGAGGAAAGGAUCUGUCUCCAGUCGAUUGGCCAAUCUAUUAUAGCCAAGAUAAAUUUUUUAUAGAGCCCCUUCCUGACGGAGUUUGAAGGAAGAGAAGUCAUCUUACCACUCGACUAUUGCCACCGUCAACAUCUACCUUGUUCCCCAAUACAACAAAUGGGAAAUUUUCAGGAUCAGAAGGGCUAGCCUGUACAUGAAAUUGAAUAAGGAAAACAUUGAGUAAGCAAGCAAUGGAACUUCGAAACUCCUCAAAUGUCAACAGAUUGAUGAUUACCUGAAU